AUGGCUAAAUACAUAAUUGAAACAGCGGCACCGUUACAAGAAAAUUCGCAGAAAUUUGAAUAUUUAAUAUCCUCAGUUAAAAGUUCACCAGAAUCUCAAUCAUCAAAUAUACCAAUUAAACCACAUAAUUAUAAAAAAGAUUGUCUACUUUCUGUUGACAAUGAAAACCUUGAACCAUUUUCACCAAGAACACAAUCUAUGAUUGAUGAACUAGAACAACAUGUUGAUGAGCUUGCUAACUCUAAUGAUCAAAUCUCCAUAAUUGAUUCACCGCGUGAAGUCUUGACUAAAUCAGAUGUCAUAUUAGAAUCUAAUUCAAUACCGUUAAAUAUUAAUAUUCAAAAAGAUAGUGAAGAUGAUAUCUGGCAAUAUUUUAACUCAAUAAGCCAGAGUUUCUCACUGAAUGAUCCAUCAGAAAAAAUAGGCUUAAACCUUGAUACAGCUUCAAUUAGCAUUAAGAAUGUUAUUAUAGAUCAAGACAAUAUACUUGUUCAUAUCAAAUUAUUGAACUUUGAUUCGUCACGAAGAUUAGAUUCCAAUGCCAAAAAAUCAAUUCGUCUUAUGAUCGGACAAACAACUUACCACACUAAACCAAGUACAUCUCUUGAAGAUCAAUUGAAAAAAUCGUUUCUUUUUCCUUUUAAUUAUCAUUCAUUGAUUUUUGACACAAUGAAAUUGGUUAUUUACGAAUACGGCUCUUUCUUGAAUAAAAAAAGAAAAUAUGGACGUGUUAUUGUUCGAUUGAAUGCUUUAAAACAGACUAUAAUUAACCAUGGGGAAUUUGAAAAAACUUUCCCUAUAGAAGCUAAUUUACACGAAAUUGGUGCUGUACAAGUCAACAUAAAAUUACAUUUUCCUAAUGACCCACCUUUUUCUCCCCAAACAUUAUCUUCCUCAAUACAAUCACCUUUGAUUCAAAACACUCGUGAUUAUUUCGAUGACAGCAUUGAGACACAAUCUGAUGCAAUAUCUCUUGGUAUACUUGGUACGGUAUUAAGCAAAGAAACAAGAGAUGCAAUUAGGGAAAUUACCGCUCUUUAUCAUGCAUUUUUUGGUCAUGGGUGGAGGUUGACCAAAUUAGAAUUCUUCAAAGCAUAUAUGCUAUUAGAGAAAUAUUAUAGAAACUUGAGUUAUGAUAUAAAUAUGAUGGAAGAUGCUUUGCGAUAUCUACAAUUUUCUAUGGCAUCAUAUGGGUCUUUCUUGUUUAAUUGGUUUGGAUAUGGUCCUCGAAAUGCUUUUGGGAUGACUUCUGAUAAAAAGAUUGUCCGAAAUUUUUUCAACCUUGAGAAAAGUGAUGUUAUAUGUUGGGAAUAUGGUCAGAAAACAGUUUCUGUACCUAAUUAUAUGGUGAUUAGAGACCCAAAAACAAAUUCUAUUUUUAUAUGUAUUCGAGGAUCUUUGAGCAUUACGGACUUAAUUACUGAUGCUCUUGCAUAUUUCGAACUUUGGAAUGGGAGUUUUGUUCAUCGCGGAGCAUUUCGUAGUGCGCAAUAUCUUGUAGAUCAGUCCUUAGAAAAAAUUAAAGAUGCUGUAGCAAAAUAUAAAGUCAAAUCCAUAAAAAUCAUGGGGCACUCAUUAGGCGCAUCCAUAUCAUCUCUUGCAACGUUGCUUUUGCGAGAACGUUGUAAAGAUCUGCUUGACAGUGGAAUUGAUAUUUGUUCAUGGAAUUUUGCAACUUUUCCAUGUUGUUCUCUUGAUUUGGCAUCAAAAGCUGACACGAUGAAAUGCAUUAUUAAUUUUGUAAACGAAAAUGAUGUUAUUUCAAGAUUAAGUUACGGGAAUUUAAUGGAUUUUAAAGAAUUGGUUAAAUUUGCUGCUACUGAAUUAAAGAAUAAUGAAUAUAAAGAGUUGAAAUCAAAACAAAAACUUGCUAAAAUAUUCACUUCCAUUGAUGCUUAUCGUAAAACUUUAAAAUCAAAUUCACAUUCACAAAAACUAUAUAUACCUGGAACAAUAUAUUAUUUAUACAAAAGAACUGAUAACUUUCAGAUGGAAUCAUAUUUUCCAUCUAAUAAUAAGGAUGUAGUAUGUGAAGAAUCCAAACCUGAUUUCUUUACGGACAUUUGUUUGCGUAAGAAUUGGUUGUUCCAUCAUUUUCCUGAUAGAUAUGAUAAGAAAUUUAAAGGAGUUAUAAAGUUUUUGACAAAAGAAAUGAAUAAAUGUGCACUGGGAAAUGAACUUGAUCAUGUUUUGAACUAA